AUGGUCCCUCAUCGGUCACUGUGGGUGGAGAUCCAGGGAUACAUAGUAAUUGGUGUGACUGGCACUAAAGCUAUGGCAGCAGAGUGCAUCACUGAUCAGAAGGGAAGGAUACAGAGCACUUGUUUUCCAAAAUUGCAAGCCACCACCUACAGCACAACCUCACUGGUUCUCGACCACAGGGUGAUAGUGACAACUGGAAGCGACCCCAAAUACGAGCUGGCUCUGAAGAGUGGCACAAGCCACGGCAUGAACUACAGCCAGAGCAGCAGAGAGGAGGUGAAGAAGCUCACAAGUAGCAGAGGGGACAAUGUGACCAUGGAGGCCAUCAGCAGGGACCUCUUCAAUGUUGGCAUGGGGAGCAGGAUUGUGGGGUUGGAUUUUGCUGGAGGAAAAACCCCCUCAAUUCCCACUAAUCUGCUGCUUCUAACAAAUGUGUCUGCAAUGGGAGCACCUAGUCUGUACCAGGAAGAUGACUUCCCCAUUUUUUUUUCUUCUACUGUCUCUUCCCAGCAUUGCCAGGAGGGAAAUAUCCAUCCCCAUGUUGGAGCACUCUUCAAACUGAAAGAGGUAAAUGAAGCCUCCAACCAUAUACUCCAGCACAAGGCCACAGGAAAGGUCAUCAUCUCCAUGAAGUAA